CCUCCCCCCCUCCCAUGCUAAGCUCAACUAAUAACUCAUAAGCACAUAGCUUCUACAUUCCUGGGAGGUUUGUGCUACUUCGAGUAAUUUAACAUAUUUUAGUUUUUGUUCGGAGCUUUGCAGCUCUAAAAUUCGUUGCUUUCCAAGAAUUUCUUGUCCCUCUUUCCAAGGUGCUUUCAUUUUCGUAACUUUACUAGUACAUCGGCCUGUCUUUUUUCAUUCGCUCUCUACCUCGCUUCGUCAUUUAACAGCCCUCAGCUAUCAAAUCUGCCCAAGGCAUACUCGCAGCAUUCUUAAGCGCUGGUUUUUUUAGCAUGCCUGCUUUUGAUUUCCGGAGCUAGUUCCAGAAUAAAUCAAUACUCGUCAAAAUCCAGGUAUACUGGUGAAGCUUCAAAGGAGUUCAUGGAAGGCGCGAAACUCAGUAGGCUUCUUCUUGCUCCUUUAUUUUUCUGUGUAUUGUUAGUGGGCUCAACUAGUGGGAUUGGUGUAAAUUGGGGGACACAGUCAACACACCCAUUAGGAGCAUCCACAGUGGUGAAAAUGCUAAAAGACAAUGGGAUUCAGAAGGUCAAGCUAUUUGACGCCGAUCCAAAUAUUUUAGAUGCUUUAAAGAAGUCUGGGAUUCAAGUGAUGGUGGGUAUUCCUAAUGACAUGCUAUAUACACUGGCUACCAAUAUGCAAGCUGCUGAAAAAUGGGUUUCGAAAAAUGUUUCUGCCCAUCUCUCUUCCGGCGUUGACAUCAGGUAUGUUGCAGUGGGGAAUGAGCCUUUCUUGUCAACUUUCAAUGGCACCUUUGAAGCCACAACUCUUCCAUCUCUUAAAAAUAUACAGACAGCACUCACAAGAGCAGGUUUGAGUAACCGCAUUAAAGUCACCGUCCCUCUAAAUGCAGAUGUGUAUUUGAGUUCAUCUGAGAAUCCUUCUGAUGGUGAUUUCCGGCCGAACAUCCAUGAACUGAUGCUGCAGAUUGUCAAGUUCUUGAGUGACAAUGGAGCUCCUUUCACUGUCAACAUCUACCCAUUCAUCAGUCUCUACGCAGACCCCAAUUUCCCAGUUGACUAUGCCUUCUUUGACGGUUAUCAGAGUUCUAUAAACGACAAUGGCAAAGUCUAUGACAAUGUCUUUGAUGCUAACCACGACACACUGGUCUGGGCAUUGCAGAAGAAUGGCUUUGGAAACUUGCCUAUUAUCGUGGGAGAAAUUGGGUGGCCAACCGAUGGAGACCUACACGCGAAUCUUCAGUAUGCACAGCGUUUCAACCAAGGCUUCUUGUCUCGCUACCUCACUGGAAAAGGGACUCCAAUGAGGCCUGGUCCUUUAGAUGCAUACUUGUUUAGCCUAAUCGAUGAAGAUGCAAAGAGCAUUCAGCCAGGUAACUUUGAACGCCAUUGGGGGUUGUUUUACUUUGAUGGGCAACCCAAGUACCAACUUAAUCUUGGGUCAACAAGAACAAAUGGUUUAGUGGGUGCAAGUGGGGUUCAUCAUCUGGCUAAAAGAUGGUGUAUUUUGAAACCAUCUGCGAAUCUGAAUGAUGAUCAAUUGGCUCCAAGUGUGGCUUAUGCUUGUCAAAAUGCAGAUUGUACGAGUCUUGGCUAUGGGACUUCAUGUGGGAGCUUAGAUGUUAAGGGUAAUAUUUCUUAUGCUUUUAACAGCUACUUUCAAAUAAAUGACCAGAUGGAUAGUGCCUGCAAGUUCCCGGGUCUUUCUGUUGUCACUGAUAAAGAUCCUUCCGUUGGGAAUUGCAAGUUCAGGGUCAUGAUCGAGUCAGGUUCUGCUGAGGGACUUGCAUCUCUUCGAGUAGUGCUCUUUGUAAUUUUUCUUUUCUCUAUUCUCUAAUCCCCCCUUUUGUCCUGCCUAGUUUGCUAGUUUUUCUAAUUUAUUGUCUUUUGAGAAAUUCCAGUGAGUAAUUGAAAUUCAAAAUGUCAUUUGGAUCCUGUGAAGAAA